CCCACCACGACCUCACCACAACUUGGUCACCGUACAACAACAAUGGCCACGCCCACCACCGCCACCGCCGCCGCGUCGACAUUCGUCUCGCUCGCGCGCCUGCUUCCGCCACGGCUAACCCGGUUCUUCGCGCGGUACCCACCGGGCACCGCCAAUGACGUGCGCAGCAACCCCUUCAAGCCGACCGUGUUCCCGGUGACGGGCAAGUGGCACAACCCGGUGUUCUCGCUGCGGCGCCAGGCGGACCUGUGCAAGCUCGCGCGCCGAUAUGGAGUCGAAGAGCUGCUGCCGCCCACGAAGAAGAGUUCGGCCGCGCGCGAGGCGGCCCGGCUGAAGAGGGCUGAGAAGCCAAUGCGCGUGAGGGGUCAUAAGGAGGAGAGGACGCUCAAGUCCAGGCUCGAAAUACGGAAACAGGCUAUGGAGAAGAUGCCUGCGCUCAUCGAGGAGUGGAAACGGAGGGGUCAUGGAAGGGGCUGGAAGGACUGGCCGAGCGGGAAGGCCAAGUUUUAGAUGGGGGGAUCUCGGGAGGUGUUUUUGUUUCAUCGUUCUGGAUCCGGCCGCUUCCGAUCGGGACAGCAUUGUACAUAAUCCCGUCUCUUUCAAAUCCGAUCCGGUCUCCAUUCGUGUUGGGAUAGGUAGCAGCAACUAUUGUCGAGUGAUGGGAGGUGGCAAGCUGAUGCUAGGAAGUGACUCCGGACCAGGAGGCUCAAACCGAAGAAGAUGGGGAUAGUGCGGGGGGUGGUAUCGCCAUCAAAGCGAGCAGGUAUUCCCACUGCCAUGGUGCAGGGCCGUUUUGAAACCGGCGAAAACAUGGGUUUGGUGGCAAGCGGGAUCAACAAGCAUACCAGAACAUCUUACCCUCCUAUUUUGAAUAUAUAAUGCUUCGAAGGAAACAGAUCUAAACACCGCUUCGGUGAUCUGGUUGGGAUACGACAG